AUCACAGCCCUGAAAGGUCAGAAGAAUAAAUAUGGCAAAGAAGGGAAACAAGGGUGCCGCGACCUCGAAGAAGGCAGAGCAAAAGAAGAAGAACCAACAGAUUGAAGAUAGAACGUUUGGGUUGAAAAAUAAGAAUAAGUCGAAGAAGGUACAGCAAUAUGUGAAGUCUGUUACGAAUAGUGUGAACAAUACUGGUGACCGAAAGAAGCGCCAGGAAGAGGAACGAAGGAAAAAGAUGAAAGAGGAACAAAAGGCACGGAAAAAGGCAAUGAAAGCAGAAGCAGAGGCCCUGUUCAAUGAUGGUGAGUUUAGUUUACAACAAAGCAUGUUAUCUCCCAACUCAUCAUCCGCCGAACCUCUCAUAUUUUUAUUUAUAUGAUCAUUUUGGUAUUUAAUAGCCCUGGGAGCGCUGUCCAAGAAGAAAACAAGUAUGAAAGCAGGGAAGACCGAAGCCAAGGGAAGAGAUGCAGACGACGAAGGGAAGAAAAAAGGAACUUCUCGAGCUAUGAAAAUGAUGUAUCAAAUGGAUGGUAUGUACUGUUUUGUUUCACACUGUCUAAUUUUCCAAUUUGCGUUUGAGAGAUACAAAAUGAUAGAGCUGUAUCUCAUGAUUACUGUUUUGUUGUUUGCAGCUAAAGAAAUGGAUGACAAACUAAAAGAAGAUGUAAGUGACAUUAUCCUGAGUGUUUAACAAGUGCCCCGAUAUGUAUGAAAUCUUACAUUUUUUCAAUCGGAACAUUCCGUUCAGCCAAAUUAUGUUCCAACUCUUGAAGACGAGAUCGAAGCAGAGCGACAGAAAAAAGUGGCAGAGCUUAAGAAAAAUGGCAAAAAGGGCACUCCCAUCACAGCCGAAUCCUUUGCAAUCUGGGCACAAAACAAGCGAAAAAGAAGAGCAGCUGAAGCAAAGGUACGUCAUGCCCAGGAUCUGUCAAUGGGGGAUCUCUUGAUAAUAUGUGUUUUUUCACUAAGAAAACAACUUCAACAUUAAUCGUCGCUAAAUUUGAUCGUACCUGUAAUUCCUCUCAAAAGAAAAUGGUUGAGCAAGAGAUGCGAAAGAAAAAAGGUGGAAAAGGAUUGGCUGUUUUAUCAGGACGUGCGCUCUACGACUACAAGAGGGAUCUCUUCAAUAUUGAAUCAGAAAACGCUUCAAACGAAACGAGUGAUCAGGACAAUAGCAAAGAAAAUCCAGUCGACCAAGUAGCAACCCAAGUUCAGAGUGAUUUGUUCCUGGAUGGUGACGACGACAGCUUAGAUGAUUUGGACGACGAAUAGUGCGAUUUUGAUGGCUUUUGACGUGCAGCACAGUCGU